AUGGCCCGUACCAAGCAAACCGCCAGGAAAUCGACUGGAGGCAAAGCUCCCCGUAAACAGCUAGCCACCAAGGCUGCCAGAAAGUCGGCACCGGCCACAGGUGGCGUCAAGAAGCCCCAUCGUUACAGGCCUGGCACCGUGGCUCUGCGAGAGAUCCGUCGUUACCAGAAGAGCACUGAGCUGCUCAUCCGCAAGCUACCCUUCCAGCGUUUGGUGAGGGAAAUCGCCCAGGACUUCAAGACCGACUUGCGAUUCCAGAGCUCCGCUGUUAUGGCUCUGCAAGAGGCCAGUGAAGCCUACCUGGUGGGUCUCUUUGAGGACACCAACUUGUGCGCCAUCCAUGCCAAGAGGGUCACCAUUAUGCCCAAGGAUAUUCAGCUGGCUAGGCGUAUCCGCGGAGAGCGCGCUUAA